AGUGAAAAUGUUAACCCGACACGGUGAACGAAUCUCCCUCUCUCCGACAUGGGCGCCGUCAAACCGAACAAGUAGCAACUCAACUUCCUAUCGAAAGUAGUUGGCAACAACGUGUACAACAUUCCGACCAAUCAAAGUAGAUGACGUGUACACUUUCAAACCACAACCUCCAUCCCCAUUUUCCCUCCAUUUCAUUCUUCCAACUCAACCGCCAUUACUCAUACUCUUUCACUUUCCAACCGUGAUCUCUUCCGAUGGCCACUUCAUCUUUGAUCGAAUCUACCACCGUCCAAUUGGGCAGGGUCAGGGUUCUGAAAGAGGGAAUACAUCAACCUAAAGUUGGUCCUGUUGUGUACUGGAUGUUCAGAGAUCAGCGCUUGAGAGACAACUGGGCCUUGAUCCACGCCGUUGAUCAAGCCAACAGGCUCAAUGUACCCGUUGCAGUUGCGUUUAAUUUGUUCGAUCAGUUUCUCGGUGCUAAAGCUCGUCAGUUGGGGUUUAUGCUUAGGGGGUUACAGAAGUUUCAUCGCGACAUUGAAGAAACACUUCAUAUACCUUUCUUCUUGUUUCAGGGAGAAGCCAUUGACACCAUUCCCAAUUUUCUACAAGAAUGUGGGGCUUCACUUUUGGUUACAGAUUUUUCGCCUCUAAGGCAAGUUCGCGGUUGGAAAGAAGAAAUAAUGAAAAGGGUGCCUGACUCUGUAUCGAUUCAUGAAGUUGACGCACACAACAUAGUACCCGUAUGGGUGGCAUCGAAUAAGUUAGAAUAUGGUGCUAGAACGAUCAGACGAAAGAUCAAUAACCUGCUUCUUGACUAUCUGAUCGAGUUUCCAACGUUAAAGCCUCCUAUUAACAACUGGGCUGCCACAAAUCGAACCAUAGAUUGGGAGACACUUAUCGAAAAUGUAACAAGGAAAGGAGCUGAAGUUCCGGAGAUUGAGUGGUGUGAACCAGGAGAAGUUGCUGCAAGAGAAGCGUUAAUGGGAGUUAAGAACGGUUUCUUAACCACUAGAUUGAAAAACUACUCUACGGAUCGGAAUAACCCAUUGAAGCCCCAUGGGCUUUCCGGUCUGUCACCAUAUUUGCAUUUUGGGCAGAUUUCAGCCCAACGUUGUGCUCUAGAAGCGCGUAAACUGCGCAAAUUUAAUACACAGAAGCCAGUUGAUGCAUUCUUGGAGGAACUGAUCGUGCGUAGGGAACUAUCGGAUAACUUCUGCUAUUACCAGCCUCAUUAUGACUCGUUGCAGGGUGCAUGGGACUGGGCUCGUGUUACACUUAUGGAACAUGCUUUAGACAAACGUGAACAUUUAUACACGAAGGAGCAGUUGGAGAAGGCACAAACGGCAGAUCCUCUUUGGAAUGCUUCUCAACUAGAGAUGGUUCAUUAUGGAAAGAUGCAUGGUUUUAUGCGAAUGUAUUGGGCUAAAAAGAUCCUCGAAUGGACGAGUAGCCCACAAGAAGCUCUGGAAAUAGCCAUCUAUUUAAAUGACAAGUAUCAUAUUGAUGGGAGAGAUCCAAAUGGAUAUGUUGGUUGUAUGUGGUCAAUUUGUGGUGUACAUGACCAGGGAUGGAAAGAGAGACCCGUGUUUGGGAAGAUACGAUACAUGAAUUACGCCGGCUGCAAGAGGAAAUUUGAUGUUGAUGGAUAUAUUGCAUAUGUGAAGAGGUUAGUAGGAGGUCUCAAGAAACGAAAAGGCGAAACAUUGCUUGAUGGUAAAGCCAAACAAGUUUUGAAUAUUCAAAACUUGCAUACCAAGUAACUAACCUGACACCCAAGUCAACAGUAAUUCUGUAAUAUAGAGUUUAAUAACUUGUUUCUGUUUUGUUUAUUUAAAAUUUCUAGCAUAACAAUCAUAACACCAAAAAAAUUUAAUCUUUAUUUAUUUCAACUUUACAAUUUUCUUUUAAAAUGGUUUUAUUUUUCUAAAUGCAAGAGUUUUACAUGAAUGAUCUAUAACUUAAUUAGUAGAAAUAAUGAAUUGUGUUCAGGGGCGAAUCUAGGCCACUUUUGUGGGUUCCCAGGAACCCAUUCGGUUUAGAAAAAAUGGGAAAAAUUAGUGAGAACCUCGUAUGAUUUGGAAAAAAAAAUAGUGAGAAUUACUGAAAAUCUACCAAAAGGAACCCAGUGAGAAAAGUUCUUAGAUCCGCCACUGAUUGUGUUGGG